CCAUCCACUUGAUUUAGGAUUCAUCACUGUUUUCUGUCAGAAAUCGCGUGUACAGAAUGUCAGUCAGUGCUUCCUUUCGACGGAUCCCGAGGACAGCGCUGAUGACUGAAAGAUCCGUGCUGGAUAUCUGAUCAUUGACCUGGACGCCGAUUUGUGAGAGAGACAGACAGAGAUUGGAGAUGAAUCGCGUUUUGAGCGUUAAAAACGCGGCGGAAGGUCGCGAAGAGCUGAAGUACAAUUGCGCGAGCGCAGCCGCUGUGUUUGAUGGCCUGACGGGAGCGAGCGUGCAGCCCGCCGCCGAACACGGAUUUCUGUGCAAAGAGCCAAAAAAAUUCAAGCUGAAAAGACGCAGUUCCUCCAACUGCACCGAUCAAUUCCCAUCGCUGGAGAUUGUGAGCGGAAUUCCUAAAGUAUGCGUCGGUAAACGGCGCGAGGCUCAAGGACGCGCCGGAGAGACUUCAGAUAUGAAUUCAGCACCACCGCAGGCGGACAGCAACACCGACGCGAACGACGCCAACGCGCCGCCGUACGCCAAAGGCAAAGACGGCAAGAAGGGAAAGAAUCAAAGCAAAGGAGUGAAACGAGAGAAAGAUUGCACGAGGACGCGUAAAGACAAGGCCGGGGAUGAAUUUGGCCCGGUGUCUGAGAAUGGAUGCGCUUUCGGAGGGACGGAGAAUCUCAUCGGCAGGGGCGGAAUGGACGCGGCUAUUGUUGAACAGACUGACGACACGAGCACUGAAGAACACUGUGUGAAGACGUUGAGCAUAAAGACACGGUCAGUUGGAACUAACACACAUGAAGCCGAGAAAGCCAUCGAAUCCAACUACAUGGAGCCAUGUCGACCAGGAACGAGUGUCAAUCUAGAGGGUUUUGUGUGGCACGAAACAGAAGAAGGAGUUCUAGUUGUGAAUGUCACAUGGAGGAAAAGGACGUAUGUAGGCACUCUGCUGGAUUGCACCAAGCAUGACUGGGCUCCACCACGGUUUUGUGAGUCACCAAUGAGCGACUCUGACAUGCCUUGUGCACGUGGACGUGGUAAACGCAUGAGGCUGACCAUACCGGAACAACAAGCUGGUGACCCGAGUCUUUCCAAAAUACGAGGACUUACGCACAAGAGACGUGGCGUGGGAAUCGGCAACAAAGGAAGACGAGGGAGCCUGAACCUUAGUGUCUGCAGGACACCUGGAUACUACGCUGUGGACGAUAUCAAAUCCAAUCCGCUUAUUUGCGCAAAAAGAAAAGGCAAAGCGCCAGCUGAUCUUGACCUGAGCUUGGUGUCAGAGGACAUUAGAAACGGAAAUGGGAAAAGAAUAAGGGCCAAGUCUAGGAGUGCUCCUUCCACUCCUCAGGGUAAAUCUGACCCAGUGUUUCUCGAUCAAGUGUGUGCAUCCCCAAUGCUUAUAGACUGUCCGCAUCCAAACUGCAACAAGAAGUAUAAACAUAUCAAUGGACUCCGUUACCACCAGUCACAUGCUCACUUGAACAGUGACAGCAAGCAAGACUUUGAGGUGGAAAGUGAGGACAGACUCUCUGAUUUCGAUGAUCCGCUCAGUACUGUACCGUACGAUUCUUCUGAGAACAUUAUCUCCAAAAAGCCCAAAACCAUGUAUAAACUCAACUCAGUUACUUCUCCUAAGAGCAGGAAAACAUUGCUGAACAACGAUAACGGUCCCAUAGCCAAUGCGAAACUACGUAGGAACGUGGCAAGUCAGGAAGGAUCUAUAGAUGAUCUGAGCAACCUCCCACUCAUUUCCAACAUGUCUGUUGUGCUGGAGAACUGCCUCAUUACGGAUCGUAACACAUCUGUUGAGAUGCCUAAGCUUGAAGCAGAGGGUGUUAUUGAUAAAAGAGACAUCUGUAACAAAUCGAAAAAAGAAAGCGGCUUUACUGAAAGAUGCUCUGCUAAAUCAAGAACCAACAGGCUCAUCACAGCCGCUGUCGCUCCACCAAAGCUGACUGCUAUUCCGCCUGCUGGGUUCCCCGCUAAAGUCACAGAGGUUGCUUCCCAUCAAGUCUCUCCAACUGUUGCCCUCACGAAGGCCAAGAACAUCUCACUGAAACCCAUAAAGCCAAAGCCAGACGCUAUCGCACAAGUUAAUGUGGCCAAUAAUGUGACCGCAGUUCCGAGCAAAGAUGGUAAGCGAAAGGAAAAGCACAGAUUAAAAGACAGGAAUUGUAAAGAUCCAAGGAGUCCCAAGAGUGACCUAAUGUACACAAAAACAGAUGAAGCAAAAAGUAUAGGCAAAGACUUCCCUGUAAGCCUCUUGAAAGAGCAUUUGAGCAAACAGGAUAUUGUAAACUGUCCAAGUGAUGCGCAAGAAAGUCGAAUGGCGAGUAUCCGAGCAGAGGCAGACAAAGUUUACACAUUCUCAGAUAAUGCACCAAGUCCAUCCAUUGGGAGCUCAGCAAGAAUAGACUGUGGCCCUCUUACAAACGGAGAUGGAGCCACGGCAAAAACAAACAGCCCGGCGUACUCUGACAUAUCAGAUGCGGCUGAAGAUGGUGGACCCAACUCAAGAUCUAGAAGAAACUCCACACAAGACUCAAACCCAAACAGCAACAUCAAUCCCAAAAUGACGGGUGUCACAGGAAUAGCGGUUAAAGAGGUCCAAUCGGCGUCUCACGGCCACGGUUACGAAGCGCACUGCAUGCCGGGUUACGUCCACUCUGGGCAAGCGAAUUCCACUUCGUUCCUUAAGGCGGCUUCACCUUACGGCCGGACGAAGGAUGAUUUGAGAGAUUUAGGUGAAGAUACGAAAAGUUCAGAAUCUUCCACCCACUCAAGUUCUCAUUCACAGCUUCAGUAUUCUGUGACUGAAACACACACAGCGCUCGCUCAGUCCUUGUACUAUGGCCAGUAUAGCCGUGGAGUUUCUAUGGACCAGAAGGUUCUGAUGAUGCCCGGCACCCACAGACAACACAGCGAGUCGAGCUGUGAUGAACUACAGUACAACAAACAAAGCAGAAGUCAAGCGAGGCGUGGAUCUGAGCAGAAAGAACGAAUGAAGGAUGACCAAAAGCAAUUCAUGAGCUCUCCUCAGUCCAUUCAUAAGGGGACAAACUCUGCUGUUAAAAUCAACUGUGCCAAACCUGGCUUCAUCUAUGUGGAGCUGGACAAGCAGCUGUCGUUUUCGCAGCAACAGGGAAAGGCGGCCCAUCUCUCUGUGACAAAAGAACAAGGGGUUAACAAGGAAUCUGAAGACCUCAGUAUGGAGAGUUCAAACUCAAAAUCAAAUGUGGACACAAAUGUAACAUUUCUAAAUGCUUCAGAAUCUCAGUCCUGGAGCCACUCUUAUCAGUCCAAAUAUGUGAAGCAGCAAAAUCAGGAGGUCAACAAGAUCUCAGAGGACACGAGUCUCAGUCCAGACAAGGGGAAAGACUGGCACCUUCCUCUGGAGCCAGAGUCCAGACUGGAAGCUGAACUUCAGAGCGUCAAAGGCGAGACAGCUGCUGAAGUCAUCGAGGACGGUACCAGAGGAGAUGCUGGAGAAACGCUGAUUGAAAUGUCCGAAGACCUACAGAGCGGACGAGGAGCCGCAUCACCGCCCCAACAAUCCUUUAUCCAGUAUCAGCGCUCCUACCCCUAUCUACACCUCUGUGAGACGGGCAGCAAUGCAUAUAGUGUGAUGUCUCCAGCUUUGGUGCACAAUUACCCAGGUUUCCAUUACCCUCUGUAUGGAAAAACAGCAGGAAGAGAGGAUUCAGAUGGAGUUCAAAGCAACAAACCCGUGACAGAUUCUCCAGCGUUAGAACUUCUAUCACAUCCUCUUCUGCCUUAUCACGGCAAAUCUCCUGUUCCUGGAGAAAGAGGAUCACCUGACCAGGAACGGGACACAGAACGAGAAAGAGAAUCGGUUCCAUUCGGUCGUCACAUCCAGACACAUCAUCUCGCUCAUCUGGGUAUGAGCUACACUUUGGUGUCUGGCCAGUAUGACCCAUUUCAAGGGGAAAAGGUCAAAAACAACUGAACUGCUUACUAUAUUAAAGUCAAUAUGAAAUCAAAACUGACCCCAUUUACUUACUGAAUACCUGCUCGUUGGAUGAUUGACUGUGUCAUCUCAUCUGUGUUUGUUAUUCCAAAGAGAAAAAACAAUCAAUCCGAUCAAAACGUAACAACUUGCUCCACCUCUAAAAUGACUUUUCAUCUUCUGCUGAUGUCACUGAACCCCCUUACUGUACUUUUACUCACCUGUCCUAUAAAGAAGAGACACCUUUUCAACAUUCAAAUGGAUUUACACUUCUUUCUCGUUUCAUUUUCUGUUGCGUUUGGAAACACUGCAGAGGUAAAAUGGGUUUAGGAUGUCAUUUCAUUUUGACUUUAAGAGAGUUGACCGUGACGUCUUUAAGGAUUAAGCUCUGUAGCUCAGCUAGCAAAAAAGUGACGACAACACAGAUGUGCUCCGGUGGUGGAGGCAAAAUACCACAUUACAUAGGGUUUAAGUCUUCAACAUUGUCGUUUUAAAUGAAUCCGACAUCCUAAAAAUCCUCCUGUGGUUCUUUGAAUCUCUGGAUGGGAAGCUGUGAGAUAUUCCCAUCUUACACAAGGACUCGCAGACAUCAAUUCCAUGGUGUUCCUCAUCGCCUCCAUAGGAGGCAGCAACUAAUGCUAUCAUUUCUAACCGAUGAAUGUACUAUUAGAGAAAGACUACAGUUAUAUUUCAGUAUGUGCUGAUGUGACACAGACCUCAUCCAGGUGCCUGGAUGUAAAACUUCGGGUCCUUGAAUUUUGCCUAUAAAUGGCAAUGACAUCUAGCUGUUUGUAUGCACUUAUAUUGUUGUGUAACCAUAAUAUUGAAUGUAUUUGCUAUCUCAUCACCUCAAUGUGGUCAAGGACGGUUUGCAAUAGAUACAAGAGAUUGUAAAGUGGUUUGUUCUGCAUUACCUUAUUAACAUGAAUAUACUGUUAUUAACAGCCAUUAAUCUAUCGUAUCGUAUCAAGUGGGUGUUAAUCAACAGGUCAUCUCUCAGUGCCAUACAGUAUUGUUGUGAUGUAUAUAGAUGUACAUAGUUUAACGAACAACGACUAUACUUAUAGCUUAUGUACCUUUGUAUUGACUCGGUGCAAUGUAUGGUUGUCUGCCCACCUCAGUUAACCACCAGGUGUAAUCCUUUCGUUACUUCAAUAGUGAUUCAUGACUGAAUUGGUUUACAAGUGGUUUUCUGGAAGGAAAGCUGGCUGUCAUUAGGUUUCUUGAUGUCAUCAAACUGCAAACUGCUUUUUAUACUGUCUCUGCCUUAACAUGUUUGGCAAUCCAAAUAAAAGGUGAAGGUUGUUUUU